UUAGAAAUUUUAAAUGGUCACGCAUACGUUUCAGCUCAUCAUUAUACCAAGAAAUUCUACCACGCUGAUUUGCCCUCUUUUUGACUAAAGGGAAUGAUAUAUUCAGAUAGUCAACGAGUUUAGAAUAAAAUACACCGAACUGCCACAACAUACACUUACGUUGUGGCAGUUGUGCUUUGACACACUGCUUUUGUCUAUUGAAACGUCAAACAGAACUGUCAAAAUGGAGGUUUGUGAUGCCGAUUCCGUCUGUACUGCAUGAAUACAUGAAUAUCAUUAUACUCCUUCAUUAAUCUUUUUAUUCAAAGGAAUAGCACAAAUAUGUCCGAAAUUGUCAUAAAUAAAACUUUUAAUUUUUUUUAUAUAUUUUUUUUGUUUUUCUUUAACCAGCUAUUGUAUAUAACAUGUUUCGUCCUGUGACAGUCUCUUUGUUUAUAUAUACAACCUUCCUUUGUGGUGUUCUAAUCUAUUUUAACCAACCUUCUCUUUUAGAAUGGUUAGAGUUUGACAAAAUCGUAAUGCCGCCGUCUUUAGACCACCUUUUAUUGAACCCGGUCAGUGCCAGAUGUCAAAAUAGUCGCAGGGACAGGAAAUGUCCCAGAGUCUUUACAGACGAAUAUGUCCGACAUGGUUACAGUCACGACAGUCAGUUUGCGUGUAGACAUUGUGGAAAAAGGUACAGGUGGAAAUCAACUAUGCGUAGACACGAACAAGUGGAGUGUGGUGGUAAAGAACCCACAUUUAAAUGCCCCAAGUGCCCCUACAGAGCAAAGCAAAAAGGAAAUCUGGGUGUGCACAUCAGAAAGCAUCAUUCUAGCGAUCAGCUGUUCUGUAAUGAUAAAAAGAAGGAUUUUUUAGUACAAGCCUUACUAGCCAGUCAGAUUAGUAUCAAUAACAACAACAAUAACGCCAAUACUACUAACAAUAACACUAAUUCGGAAUAACUAUUAUUUUUGUAGUUAUUAAAAUUAUUUUUACAAAAGUUUAGAAUUUUUUUGUUGUUUUUUUUUACUAAAUAGAAUUUAUGUUUAUUUAUGUUUUUACUGUUAACGAUUUUAUUAAAAAGAGUUUAUUAAAAUUAAUUUAAAUUCUAGAAUUUGUUAAACAUUUUUUUGUUAUAUCUUUUUUUGUUCAGUAUUUUAGAGGAUAUUAUUUAUGUUAAUUGUUGUUGAAUUUAUUAACAAAAAAAUCGAUAUUGCUUCAUAUCGAUAUAAAAUUGGCAAUAAGCUAAACUAGUGCCUUAAUAUAGUGCUGUUUAUUGUUAUUAAACCACUUUAUAUCUAACUUUAUAUAUACAUAUUUUACACAGAGUGAUUUAACAAAACAU